AUGGUGAGACCUGAUCAUCGAAGAUCUCCUGGAUUCAACGAACAGGCAUUUCUUUAUAGAAACAUUGACUCAUACUAUUCUAACUUCAAUGUCACAGCUUGUUAUAGCAAACAUAUUCUGAGAGCUGUCUUAUCACAUGCCUUAUCUUCAUUGAUCAAGAAAAACUAUUGGCUAUCUUACAAUUUCUUUCCAAUUUGUCAUAGUGAACCACCCAACGUCAAAAACGAUUAUGAACUUCGUUAUGUGAACAAAAUCUGUUUUGAUUCUGUGGUCUCAUACAGAAAAAUUCACCACUUCGAUGAAAAAGUAUUGGAGGAAAUAAACACAUUCAAAAAUGAAGUGGGAAGAGAUGACGCUCCACUUUGGCAAAUUUGCGUUUUCGAAACAGAAAAUACACAAUAUGUGUGUGCGUAUUUUUGCCAUAGCCUUGCUGAUGGCGGGACAGCCUUGCAAUUUCAUCGUGACCUUCUUCAUGAAUUGGAGCUGUUUGAUGACGUGGAAACCGAGAUUGAUACUUUGUUCGUCUACGAUUCAAAGCUUCCUCCCAUCAAACGGCCCACAGAAAGCCUCACAGAUCUUUACUAUCCGGGUUUUUUUCAGAGAAUAUGGUAUUGGACCCAGGUCCGGUUUCCUUGUGUUUUUGCAACAUUGCAGAGGGUCUGGGAUUUGAUCUCUGGGAAUCAAAAAAAAUCAUUACCCCCCGUCUUCUAUAGCGUUCCGAUUGAAAAGAAUUUGGACACGAAAUUCAAAAUAGUGAAUUUCUCCCCGGCUCAAGUAGCCAAGAUCACAAAGUUUUGCCGCUCCAUUGGUGUCACAUUGACUCCAUUUUUCAAUGUCAUAGGUUUGAACAGCAUCGAGAAGGUUAUCUACCCACAUUUUCCUCAUGAAAAUGGCGAAGCUUGUUUCUCUAGCAGCAACUUCAUUGCUAUUGAUGGAAGAAGAUAUUACAAAGACCGUUUCAAAGCAUUUGUAUACGGUACAUUGGUAUGCGGAGCCGCAGUUAUUUAUCACCCCAUAGAGGCGCAUUCAGAUACCGAUCUUAUCCGCUGUACCCAAGAGUUCCAUCAAAUAAUCCAAGACGAGAUUCAAACACGACGCUCUUUUAAAAAAGUGUGGCUAAUGGGAAUAAUUGACUUCCCGAAAAUGAUGUACCACAAGAUAGGCAGCACUUUAAGGUAUACGACGAUGAUCUCAAACCUUGGUAAAGUUGUAGAUGUCCCUUUGCUGCAAUGGAGAAUUGUCAAUGCUUGGUUCGGCCUGAAUACAUCAGUCAAUUAUCAUUUUAUUUUCAACAUGGUUAGCACCGAUUCUGGUGGGCUCAACUUGGUGAUCCCGUACCAUCCAUUUUAUGAUACGAUACAUGAAGAAGUAGAUGGCAAAAACAUCCCGGCAAUGGAUCGGCUUGUUCGGCUACUCCAAGAUACAAUUUGCCGUAUAGUUGGUUGA